AUGUCACAAGAGAAACCAUCCAAGAAAUUGUCACGUAGUGAUCGCUAUAAUAAAAAAUGUAGGCUUAAUAAAGAACAAAAUGAGCAUACACCAAUCAUAAUGUUACCAAUAAGACUUGUCACACCGGAUAAAUCUAUUGCUGAAUUAGUGAGGUUUCAGUACAUUGUCGAAUUGGAAUGUAUCAUUGACACGAAUGGUCAAACCUUAAUACAUCUUGAGAAACUUAAUAAUUCAAAUGCAAUCACAGAAACCACUGAUGCU